AUGACUUCAUCAGCGAUGGAUGACCGUGAAAUCGUAUCCAUACUUCAUCCAGGUCUAGGUGCUGUAUUCAGAGGUGUCAAGACCUCUGGGUCUUCAGACCAGAGAUCCAGCUCAGUCGCCCAAUUUCGUGGAAUCAAGUUUGCUCGGAUUCCUACUCGUUUCCGACGGGCCAUUCUCCAUGAAAAUUUCCCACCGGUUGUUGACGCAACUGAUCAUGGCCCGAUAUGCCCUCAAAGUGUUGGCCAGAGAAAAUUUGAAGAUCUUCUCAAUGGUAGCUCGCCCGAGUCGCGCGCGGUGACCGGGCAAGUAGAAAGUCCAGUACUGGAUGAGUUUGAAUGCUUGAACUUGGUUAUCACUGCCCCAGUUUCGAAGAACACCGAAAGUGUGGCUGAGCAACUCUUUCCGGUGAUGAUUUAUAUCCAUGGUUACCGUCUCUCUGCGUUGGGAUGGCUCUCUUCACAAUCGCUCCGAGAAGAUAAUGCUGCGUUUGGUGAUGUCGGUGUCGGGAACUACGGCUGUCAUGAUGUUGUAAGUAACAACCGAUUUUGGAUUAUCAGUGCUGACCAAACACGCAAGCGUCUCGGUAUUGAGUGGGUGUACAGGAAUAUCAGUGGCUUUGGCGGUGACCCAAACAAUAUCACUGUGUUUGGAGAAUCCGCAGGUUCAUUCGCGGUUGACAAUCAGGUCCAUUCCCAGCUCCCCUGCAGGUUUUCGCAGGCCAUUUUGCAGUCCGGGGCAAUGAACUCCCAUAUUUCCUCCCCGCUGUCCCUUUCUGAUCAAAGCAUACUCUUUGACCUGGUCAAAGCCCAUGCCCGCGUCAAUACUGUUGAGGAAUUACGAGAUGUCCCUGUUGACGUUCUCCUACAAGCCUUUAUAGAGGCAAGCUCGCAAACGGGUUUCUCUGCGGUCCCUACCAUUGAUGGGGAGAUGUUUACACAAUCAUGGGCAGAGCACUAUAGUUUUGCUAAUGAUGACUUUCGCGUCAUAAUUGGCCAUACAAGCUACGAGCGCUCCUUGUUCGAGAUCCUUGCGCAUCUUCACUCCGAAGCCAGAGACAACCAUCAAUCGUUUGAAAGCAUUUGCUCGUCGUUCUCGGCACAGAUCGAACGAAUGGAGGCGACAAAGCUCUGUGAGGCAUACGGAUGUCAGUAUGACAUACAGCCAGCUCGCUUGAAGCAAUGCUUGAUGAAGAUUCUGGAGGACAUUGCGUUCGUUACACCAAUAAAUGAAGCGACUACACGCUUUGCUCAAAAGGGACUAUCCGUCUAUCGAUAUAUUUUCGAUGAGCCAAAUCCUUUCGAAGGUGUCUUCUCCGGAAAGUCUAACCACGCUCUUGACCUUCCCUAUCUGUUUGGAAGUGAGAGUACCUUUGCUGGCGUAGAGAACAAGGACUGGGAGCAGAACAUCCAAGACAGCUUACAGAGGCAGUGGUUGCUCUUCGCACAUGGUAUCCCGCCGUGGUCGUCAGUGUCUGAUGGAAAGUUCUUGAUAUUUGGGCCUCGUGGGACGGUAAGUGAGCACCCUACUACGGAACUUGUCAGCAAGUCAUUGUCUAUGUCGAAUGACAUUUUUGGUUCUUUGGAAUUGGGAUACCGGACCGAGCUAUCAAUGUUGAUUUGGAAAUAUGCUCGACUGCUGUGA